AUGGCCAACCCCCGAGUUGAAGAGCUUCCCGACGACGAGACCAAGACCAAGCCCACGGUCGAGGAGCAGCACGAUGAGUCCAGCGACGAGUCCGAUGCUGAGGAGCUCGGCGACGGCUCCAUCCCCGCCGGUUCUACCGCCGUAGUCCACUCUCGCUACGAGAAGAAGGCCCGCAAGGCUCUGCUGGAGAAGGGCAACCUCGUCCGCGUCCCUGGCAUCACCCGUGUCACUCUCCGCCGCCCCAAGAACAUCCUCUUCGUCAUCAACAACCCCGAAGUCUACAAGUCCCCCAACAGCAACACCUACAUCGUCUUCGGUGAGGCCAAGAUCGAGGACAUCAACGCCACCGCUCAGCAGGCUGCUGCCGCCCAGCUCGCCCAGGCCAACGCCGAGGCUGAGCACGCCGGCCACAACCACGACCACGACCACGACCAUGACCACGACCACGACCACGGCAAGGAGGGCGAGUCCGCCGAGGCCAAGAAGGAAGAGGAAGAAGAGGACGACGGCGAGGAGGUCGACGCUGAGGGCCUCGAGGAUAAGGACAUUGAGCUCGUCAUGACCCAGGCCAACGUCAGCCGUAAGAAGGCGGUAAAAGCACUGAAAGAGAACGACAACGACAUUGUCAAUUCCAUCAUGGCUCUGAGUAUCUAAGGCGGUGGUGUUUGGGCAGGGUGCUUGAAAUUAUCUCAUUAGUCUGCGCAGGCAUAUGCGCGUAGGGGCUUUGUAUUAUUGUUCAUUCAAGAGCUCUAUUCGUUGUCCAACGAAACAAAUGACUCCAUGAUAUAC